AUGGGUUCGACACUCUGCCAGAACCGUCUGAUUGAGGAGAGAAAGCAGUGGCGGAAAGACCACCCGUUCGGCUUCUGGGCCAAACCCCAGAAGAACCCCCAAGGUGUGCUGGACAUGAAGGUCUGGGAGUGUGCUAUUCCUGGCAAGAAAGACACAAUCUGGGAGGGCGGCCAGUUCAAGCUGCACAUCACUUUUCCAGAUGAAUAUCCCACGAAGCCCCCCAAGUGCAAAUUCGUCCCUCCUCUGUUCCACCCCAAUGUCUACCCUUCGGGCACCGUCUGCCUUUCGAUCCUCAACGAGGAAGAGGCUUGGAAACCGGCCAUCACUCUCAAGCAGAUUCUCCUUGGUGUUCAAGACCUCCUGAACGACCCAAACCCCGAGUCACCAGCUCAGGCCGAGGCUUACAACCUAUUCAAGAAGGACAGAGCCGAGUACGAAAGACGUAUCAAACGGAUUGUUCGAGAGAAUGCUGCUCCAUAGACGAGCUCGCUUCUGGGGGCAUACUGGAAAAAGACGACAGUAGAAUAACGUAUUAGUGGGAUCUACGAUUGUGGUCAUUUAUUUCUGGAGUUACUUGGGAACAUCAUGGACGGCUGGGAAGGCAGGCAGGGGCGUAGCAUUGGUUGGGAACGAGCUUCUAGACGGACGACUCUCGACAUGGAAGGGUUCUUCUUUCAUUCAACGAACUGGUAUUUGACUUUCUGGAGUGGGGGUUUAAUGGAAUCGGCUUUUUUUCCAACAAUACGAACCACUGAAUCAACCAUCCCGUCUUUGGCACCCGUGACUUGCGCCUCCAUGCAGUGUUUCCGAUACAGAAUUCGUGACGCUGGUGUCGUGUG